AUGCUUCUUUUCUCGGCAUUUUUUGUGAUCCAGACUGUUCUCACUGCAUUUGUUGCAAUUCCCGGUAGAUCAAAAAGUUAUAAAGCCGAACAUGCCCAAACUUGGUCAGAUAACGAUGAGGGUUGCAUAGGUCUCUGCUCUAGACUUCCAAUAUGUCAGGUAACUUUUCAUUCCGAAAGUUAUAUAUUCCGAUGAUUACCACUUUUUAGGCAUAUUACUUCAACAAUUCUACCAAGACUUGUAUCACCUAUGAUUAUGACGAAUUGUUUUCAUUUGUCCAACUCGAAACCUUUCCGGUUACUGAGAUAUUUUUUUUCAAAGUAUCUAUGUCUAAAAAAAUAUUGACAAAAAAUGACAAAAGUGUUUUCAGACAAACAUCACAACGUGUUCAAAUUCUUUGGCUUCAGUUUACUUUUCAUACUCAACAAAUUAUUCAAAAACCUACAAAUACACCAGAACUGGAAAUGAUUGGGAAGUCGAGGAUGUUUAG